GAGGGUGUCUCUCCUCCCUUAAUUCUAGUGCAGAAGGUGAUCCCAGCUACUAUAAAACCCAUUGGUUGGCGUUGGACAUCUGUCAACAUGGAGUCCACGCAGAGCCCCAUCACCACCCCGUCUGGUGGGACUGCUCCAAAGUCACUGGCCACCGCUGACAUAGUGGUGCUCGUCCUUUACUUUGUGGUGGUGCUGGCCGUAGGGUUGUGGUCCAUGUGGAGAACUAAGCGAGGCACUGUGAGUGGCUAUUUCCUCGCAGGCAAAAACAUGACGUGGUGGCCGGUGGGAGCCUCUCUGUUUGCCAGCAACGUGGGCAGUGGGCACUUCAUAGGCCUGGCAGGCUCAGGGGCCGCUGCUGGCAUCGGAGCCGUGGCCUAUGAGUGGAAUGGCCUUCUGAUGGUACUGUUGCUGGGCUGGCUCUAUCUGCCUAUCUACGUAGCCUCAGGGGUUACCACCAUGCCCGAGUACCUCCAGAGAAGGUUUGGAGGCAAGAGAAUACAGUUAUUCAUUGCUGUUUUGUACUUAUUUAUUUACAUCUUCACAAAGAUAUCGGUGGACAUGUAUGCGGGGGCGGUGUUCAUCCAGCUGGCCCUGCAGUGGAACAUCUACGUGGCCGUGGUGGUGCUCCUGAGCAUCACAGCUCUAUACACCGUGGCAGGUGGCCUGGCUGCUGUGAUCUACACCGAUGCAGUGCAGACUCUCAUCAUGCUGGGUGGUGCCUUGACACUCAUGGGAUUCAGCUUCAAGGAGGUGGGAGGCUUUCAGGCUCUCCUAGAUGGCUACCACUCUGCCAUCCCCUCGGUGACGGUGCCCAACAGCACGUGUGGCAUCCCGCGCGAGGACGCCUUCCACCUGUUCCGCCACCCCGUCACCUCUGACCUGCCCUGGCCUGGGGUCAUUGUGGGCAUGACCAUCCCAUCCAUGUGGUACUGGUGCACCGACCAGGUUAUAGUGCAACGGUCUCUGGCAGCUAAGAACCUGGUCCAUGCUAAAGGAGGCUCCCUGCUUGCUGCCUACCUGAAGGUCCUGCCUUUCUUCAUGAUGGUGCUACCAGGCAUGAUCAGCAGAAUACUCUUCACUGAUGAGGUCGCAUGUGCUACUCCAGAGCUGUGUAAAGAGGUGUGUGGAAACCCAGUGGGCUGCUCAGACAUUGCCUAUGCCAAGCUUGUGAUGGAGCUGCUCCCCAAUGGUCUGAGGGGGCUAAUGAUGGCGGUGAUGCUGGCCGCUCUCAUGUCCUCCCUGACCUCCAUCUUCAACAGCUCCAGCACCAUCUUCACCAUGGACCUGUGGAGGCACCUCCGCAAGCAGGCCUCCGAGUGGGAACUCAUGAUCGUGGGCAGAGUGUUUGUGCUGGUGCUGGUGGUGGUGUCGGUGCUGUGGAUCCCCCUGGUGCAGGCCAGUCAGGGCGGCCAGCUGUUCAUCUACAUCCAGGCCAUCAGCACCUACCUCCAGCCACCCGUCUCCAUAGUCUUCAUCGCAGGCUGCUUCUGGAAGAGAACCAAUGAGAAGGGUGCAUUUUGGGGUUUGCUAAUAGGCCUGAUCAUCGGCUGUGUGCGGAUGGUUCUGGACUUUGUCUACCCCACUCCCCUGUGUUACGAGGAGGACACCCGUCCAGCGGUGGUCAAAUACGUCCACUACCUGUACUUCUCCAUGAUGCUGUCGGCCAUCACAACCAUCAUCGUGGUGUGUGUGAGCCUGGCCACGGAGAAGCCACUGCCGGAGCAGAUCAGCGGCCUGACAUGGUUCAGCCGGUUUGAUGGCAUGAAGAAGAGUGUGGAGCCAACUCAAACAGACACGGAGGCCCCACCGCUCCCAGCAGAGGUGAAGGAGAGUCCAGAGAAACAUGGCACUAAUGGAGCAAUGCAUGAGCAGAGAAGAGGCUCUGCAUCCACUCAGUCCAGCGAGCCUGGCGGUGGUGGUGGCUCUCGUCUGAAGAGGACAUGCCUGUGGCUGUGUGGCCUGGACAAGCCCCAGGGGGGCUCGUCCGCACCCCCUCCUCCCCCACCUGCCCCCACCAUCGCCUCCCUGGAGGAGGACAGCUGCACCAGGGCCAUGGUGGACGCCAACCUCAUCAUCUGCCUGUCUGUGGCCGUCUUCCUCAUCGCCUACUGGGCAUGAGGUCUGGGACAGUCUCAUGAAGGACAAUGCCACACCCAUACAGAAUAGCGACUGACAAUGCCACAUCCAUACAGAAUAGCGACUGUUCUAUUCUGAAGACUGUUCUUUUCGGAAGUCGAUCCCUUACUUUGAGGUGUUUUUCCUGGCGGAUGGGGGGUAUUCCAACUACAUGGUUGUUAAGAGAUGAAGUGUUGAAGUAAAGAAAGAGGUAAACAUGCUAAUAGGAAGCCUGCCCACAUCAUCUAUUUAAGAAAAUCAGGGAUCCAGGCUCUCAGGCUCUUUUAUUGGCUGAUGUACUACUGAACCACCUACUUGGAAUUACGCCUCAGGGUUAGUGGUGAAACUGCCGACAUGAGAUAGAAGAGGAAUUUUAUUUUAUUUAUGAGUUGUAAAUGAGUAAUGUGAUAACGUUAUGAUUCUCCUUGAGGGAAGACGUGUUGAAUUGUGAGAGGUAGAUUGCCAGUGCAGUCUGGGAACAGCCUGAAGGUGGCGUAGCUGAACAAGUUUGUUCAUUAAUCAUCAUUUUUGUAAAUAAUGACUGUGAAUGUGUCUGUGAAGAAAGUGUGUGUUAAGUAUGAACUUUGUAAUGUCAUCAUGUGCCAAAAGUAGGAUUGAUGACAGCACACUUUAUUUAUUACUUGGCAAUCGUUAUAAAAUCAACACCCUUGUCAAAAGCAUGAUUAGCUUGCAGUUCACUGAUUUACCUCAAACUUGAAGUGUACAAAGAGAAACAAACUGUGAAAAGAUGGGGGCAUAGGAACCAUUUUCAGUGUCAAAUUGCCACAAUCUGUUCUUAUGGAUCUCAAUACUUUAUAAAUGGAUGAUAUAUUGUGUUACAUCUCCUAUUUCA